UUCGCUACUUGUGUCAUGUGCAAAAUGUCAUGUGCUUCUGUCAUAUGAGUUAUUAAAUCAAAACUUCUCGUGUUAUGGCUGACGGUUCAUUAAAUGAAGUAAAUAUGGGAGAAAAAGCUAUCGACCCACAAGAGAAUCAAGAUCAUCAAAAUGAGGAUGAUCUUGAUAGUGAAGAAGUAGUUGAGGACACUGUCAGCGUUGAGGAAUACAAUGCCAUAGACAGCAAAUUAGAUGAAUUAAAUUCUGCUCUCGAUUUCAUUGAAGCACAAAAUGAUAAUAUUUAUUCUCAGCUUUUGUCAUUACUGCAAUCUAACAGAGAAAUACGAGAAGAAUUAGCUGAACAAAAUUCUUCAGGUGAUGAGGUUCAAAAUUAAAAGGCUUGAAAGAAAUAAAUGUCAUGAGUAUUAAGAAUAAUAUCCAAAAAUAUACCCAUAUAUUCCUUCUAUGUCAGAAAAUAGGAUGUAAAUAAUAAUUUUUCAGGUAUGUAAUAA